AUGCCGCCGAAGACAGCUAUGCCACGAGCGGAAGCCCGACUGUGUAAAAGGUCAAGUGACCAAGAACGUGUAUGUCGAGAACAUGGUCAAGCUCGGGGCCGGGACCUACCAGCCGAGAACGAUGGUAUUGGUCCCGUUUCUGAGAAGAUCAAGUACGUUCACAAAAGCAGCGACCAAGCUACGGAGCCUGACAGGCCAUUGAGAGCUGUCAGUCCAGGCGUUGAAGAUGCCUAUAUGCGAGGAGAGCCUCUAACACCUCCCGAGAUCGAGUUUUCCGAAUACAGUGACAUGGAAGAUGACUACUGGGCUUGGCAUCAGGAGGAUCAAGUUUUCAGACACUGGGAUGAGGACUUGGGUGAUUGGCUUAGUUUUCCUGAGAGGUUUGACUGA